AUGUCACUAGAUAGAAUCAGAAAGAGCUUUAAAUCAUUUCUAGGCUUUAAUAAUAGUCCUUAAAAUGAACACUCCUCUCAAGCAUCCAUAUCCAUUCCUCAAGAAUUCAAAUCCUCAAAUUCAUAAUCAUAAUGUAUUAUCAAAAAUAAAUUUGUUUAAAUUGAAAAAAAAUAAGAACGUAUCAAUCCUUACAAGAAAUCUCUUGACCGCUUAAAAGAAUACUAUAAAACUAUGGUCAAAGGAACAGAUUUCACUAAAUGCCCUACAAUCUAAUAUUAGAAUAAUCAAGAUGAAGUAAUAUUGCUCUCUAUUAACUUUCAAGAAACCUGUUAUUGAUCACAAAAUUAAUAACCCUAGAUGGAAGAGAGAUGAUUAAUCUUAAGAAUCCUAUUCAUAGAGUUUAAAAUAGAGUUCCCAUUAUGACAUACCUUAACCAUCUUUUGUUUAAUUCCAAAUCAAACCAACUAAAAAUUAAAUCCAUGAUUCUUAGAUCCUCUCAUAAUCAAGAGAAAAAUAAGCAUCAAUUAAUUUUUAAAAAAAACUAUUUCUCUCCUAUUUAGAAGAUAAACCCAUCAAUUAUAAAGAAUUUAAUACAAAUAUUACAAAUGAAGAAAAAAAAAAAAAAUCAUCUUAAAUCUCCAUUCGAAGAGCUGAAAGCACUACAUUAGAUGAUUUAGAAAGUUUAAAAGGUAGAUAAACUAUACAAAAACCAGAAAAUAAUUUAAACCAAAAUGAUGAUGAAAAUUUAAAUGCAUAAGAAUCUAUAAUUAUUAAAAAAUAGCCAAUAUCAAAAUUUAGUAAAUUAAAUAAAUAAGAACCAGAAUUCAAUCCAUAAAUACCUUAAAUAGAAACAAAACCUGUUUCACCUAGUUCAUUUCUAAAUAAAGAAGAAUAAUAAAAGUUACCAUCAGAAUAAUAAUAAUAAACAAAUAAUAAAAUUUCUGAUUUAUAAAUAGCACAAUCAAUUUAAGAAAAAUAAGAUAAAUCUGAAAUAGUCAAAUAAGAUCCUAUUAUUUCACAGAAAAUAGAACCAUAGCCGUAACAAACUGUCAUAGAAGUUAAUCCCUUUACUUCUAAUAUUGAAAAUCCACUUUUUAAUGCACCUUGGUUAACUAAUCAAUAACCAAUCUAAAAUUAAUCAACAUUUAAUCUAUUUUAAUCAUAACCAGUAUAAAAUGAGUUUCAAGCUCCUUUUAUUUAAUCAUAAUAAUAAACUGUCUUUCCAUUUUAAAAUUAAAAUUAACCACAAUCAAAAUAAUAAUAGUAAAAUGUUUUCCAAAAUGAAAACUUUUUCUCUUAAUAAAUGCAACUAACUUCAAAUCCUUUUGUAACAAAUUAAAUUAGUUAAAAUGUUUUCAAUUAAACCAUUCCUUUCUAAUCCUAAACACCAUUUUCAUAAAAUCAAUCAUUUUAAUAAAGUUAAUAAUCAUAUACAAAUGAUUUAUUUGGAUUUGGUUAAUAAAAUAACAAUAACAAUAUCAAUAAUAAUAAUAAUAAUAAUAAUAAUAAAUUUUUAUUUUCAACUAACUCUUUAGGUGGAGGAUCUUUUUCAGCUGAUGAUUAAAAUAAACCAAGAACUAUUGAUCUAUUUUCAGCCUAACCAAUCUAGAAUUCUUAAAACUCUAUGAUGAAUUAAAGUUAGGCAGCUAAUUUAUUUUCUUUAGAUCAAAAUACUUCUGCCUAAUAAUAAACAAAUAAAGAAUCUGAUAGAUAUAAAAAUAAAUUUAAAUAAAAUACUGUUAAAAAUUAUGCUGGUACAAAAAGAUUAGAAUGA